CCCAAAACCACAUUUCCAAAGCCUCAGACAUCAGAGAAAGACAGAGAGAGAGAGAGAGAGAGAGAGAGAGAGAGGAUGAGCGGAAACGGGAAGAAGGUAGCAGAGCUGGCGACGAAGGCGUCGAAGGGCAUAGAUUGGGAAGGAAUGGCGAAGCUUCUCGUCUCCGAAGAAGCUCGCAAGGAAUUCACUUCUCUCCGACGCGCCUUCAACGAAGUCAAUACCCAGCUCCAGACCAAGUUCAGCCAGGAACCUGAACCGAUAGACUGGGAGUAUUAUAGAAAAGGAAUUGGUUCUCGCUUAGUUGAUAUGUAUAAAGAGGCUUACGAGAGCAUACAGGUCCCCAAGUAUGUGGACACCGUCACGCCUGAAUAUAAGCCGAAGUUCGAGGCACUGUUGGUGGAACUGAAAGAAGCAGAAGAGAAAUCUCUCAAGGAGUCUGAGAGGCUGGAAAAGGAAAUUGCUGAGGUUCAAGAGAUGAAGAGAAAGAUAAGUACCAUGACAGCAAAUGAGUACUUUGAGAAGCAUCCUGAGCUCAAGAAGAAAUUUGAUGAUGAAAUCCGGAAUGACUACUGGGGCUAUUGAUCAGGCCAUUUGAUCUUUAACUCAAGGAUGGAAAUGCUCUGCAGUAUUUUUAGUUCUAUCCUUUUUGGAUCGUUCUGUUUUUCUUCAAUAAAGUGAAUUGUUUCCUUUUGUAAUUUGGGUUGUCUGCAUACUGGGGGGAGAGAAUUUUGAGUUUCAUGUUUCAUUUGGGUUUCUUUACAGUGAGGAAUCCAACACAUGAUGCAAAUCCAUGUUCAAACAGAUAUGGAAUUGCCAUUCUGGCUAGUGUACUUUCAUUAAGAGUAUCUCUUUGUGA